ACUCCUUCACUUUCUCUCUCACAACCAGAAAUUUAAACACUCACUGAACUUUCGCUAUAUUUUACUCUUCCUCUCACAACCACCAGCACCACCGGUCGGCGACGAUCGCUAGCCGGAGAAAUGAAUAUUCCGGCGGUCCUCGGUCCUAUAAUUUUAUGCAAUGCUCGCUUAGCAGAUCAUCGCCGUCACGUUUUCCACGAAAAUCCUUGACUGGAAGGCGAUCGUAUUCUCGCUUAAUUACUUCUCAAGUUAUUCGUUGCUUCUUCUUCGAUGAAUUUCAGCUUAAAAAGGAUACGAAAAUUCUAAAGGAAGGUAACCAUUUUUUUUUUUUUUUUGAAUUUUUGGGGUUUCGCCUGGGCAGUUGGUACAUAAAUUUUGGCAGAUUUUUGUUUUCCUCUUCUUUUCAAUUCCAAGCUUUUUGACCGGAUUGACCUGGUAGUCGGAGAGAAAAAAAUCGAGGAUUUUCCUUUUUGAGGGAUUUUCAACUGAGGAAAAAACAAAGAAUGUGCAUGAUCAAGUGAGCGAUUAGCUUCUUCUUCGGAAUUCAGUGGGGUUUUUUUGUCGCACCUGAGUCGAUUCUUUUCUGCUUUUUGAGGAAGUUUUGGAGGGUUUUUUUGGUUUGUAAAUGGAGGAAUCUGAUUUGUGACUGAGCCUGUGAAUAUUAAUUGGAGUCCCGUGUUUAGGCUCUGGAAAUUGGAGAAGAACUGACAAAAGAGCAGCUUCAGUGUUAGUAUUUUGUAUUUAGAAGGUGUUUGUGUAAACCAAACCAGCUAGAGCUUUCGCCUUCUUUUUUUAUUUUUUAUUUGGUUUUCGAAAAAAAAAAAAAAACUUUGAAUUUUUGAACCGGCUUUUCCUUGAUCUUGGGCCAUGCCUUUUCCGAUGAAGAUCCAACCACUUGAUUGCGAUGCCGAAACGCUCAGGGAACCGGUUCGGACCGAUUCGGUCAAACCGGUGUUGAAAUCGCGGCUCAGGAGGCUCUUUGACAGGCAGUUCCCAAGUGUGUUGAGGAUUUCUUCGGCGGAGAAGCCUAGUACUGUAGGUGAACCACCACAGCAGUGCGCAGCUGCCUCCGCCAUUAACAACAUUAACAGAGAUGGAGGGACCGAGUUCGAGCCUAGCUCGGUUUGCUUGGCGAAAAUGGUGCAGAAUUUCAUCGAGGAAAGCACUGAGAGGCAACCGGCGCCGGUGCCUAAAUGCGGCCGGAAUCGCUGCAACUGCUUCAAUGCCAAUAGCAACGACAGCUCCGAUGAUGAGUUUGAUUUUGAUGGCUUCGGCGAUUCCAUGACCUCCGGAUCAUAUGGUGGCGACACCUCCGAUAUACUCAAGAGUUUGAUUCCUUGUGUGAGUGUGGCUGAGAGGAACCUCUUAGCAGACACUGCGAAAAUCGUCGAGAAGAACAAAAUUCAGAAACGAAAAGACGAUUUGAGAAAGAUAGUCACCGACAGCCUCGCAUCUCUGGGCUACGAUUCCUCCAUCUGUAAAUCCAAAUGGGAAAAAUCUUCUUCUUUCCCAGCUGGUGAAUACGAAUACAUAGAUGUGAUGGUGGAGGGGGAGAGGUUGUUGAUUGACAUAGAUUUCAGGUCAGAGUUUGAGAUAGCUCGAUCCACUGGGGCCUACAAGGCGAUCCUUCAAUCCUUGCCGUACAUCUUCGUCGGCAAAUCCGAUCGUCUCGGCCAAAUCGUUUCCAUCGUAUCGGAGGCCGCCAAACAGAGCCUCAAGAAGAAAGGCAUGCAUUUCCCACCUUGGAGGAAGGCUGAUUACAUGCGAGCCAAAUGGCUUUCUCCCUACACCCGAACCGCACAACCUCCCCAAAACGACGCCGUCGCUUCGGAGCAGCAGCAGCAGGAGUCCGUACCCGAACACAGCGCUCAGGAGGACGAUCCCUCGAGCGAUUGCGGAGAACUCGAUCUGAUUUUCGGCGAGAUAUCGUCGCCGUGCGAUAAAGAUUCGAGUUCAUCGCCCGUUAAAUAUUCCGGCGAUGAGGAGAGGACCUCCGAAACAGUGUCGCCGUGGCAACCACCGGCGAUCAAACCGAAGAGCAUCGAGAGGGGAGCCAAGAUCGUCACCGGAUUAGCUUCCCUUCUCAAAGACAAACCUUGAAAACGAAAAAAAAUAAAAAAAUAAAAAAUAAAAAAAUUUUGCAAAUCCUCCCUCAUAAUCAAUUUUUCAAUUUUUCCAGAUAAAAGGAAAAUAUGAAUAUAUUUUAUAUAUAUAUAUAUAAUAUCAUAUUAAAAAAAAAAAAAGAAAAAUGAAAACAUAUAGUUCGGAUAAUAGUAGUGGUAUAGAGCUCCUUUUUUUUUUUCUGUUAUUUUACUUUGUCUCAUAUUUUUGUUCUUUUUUUUUUUAUUCGAGGGUAUAUUUUGUAAGAAAACAAAUCAAAUCUAUGACUCAUGUAAUAAAAUAGUUUAAAAAAAAUUAGUGUAAGUUUCUUUUUCCUUUUCCUGAUAUGGAUAA